AUGAGUGUUCACGGACGUACCUAUACAGAUGAUGUGGAGAAGGAGAAGCGUCGCAACAUAUACGCCAAUAAUGCAGCCUACGUAGAGCAGUUUAACAGCCAAGGGAAUAGAAGUUUCACGUUGAAAACCAAUUCUUACGCGGAUUUAACCGACGAUGAAUUCAUUAAGGCUCAUACAGGAGGAGUAUACAAGAGGUCUAAUCGGUCAAGUUCAACUCAGUAUGAAUCAUCUUUUGUUUACGAUUCUCUAAGUGAUGUUCCUUCUAGCAUCGAUUGGAGGCAAAAAGGAGUUGUUAGUCCCGUAAGAGAACAACUCCAAUGUGGAUCUUGUUGGGCAGUUGCAGCUGCGGGAGCCGUGGAGAGCCUAACAAAGAUCAAAACGGGGAAGCUAUACCAACUCUCAGUGCAACAGCUAUUGGAUUGCGCCACUCAAAACUCAAACACUCGCGGCUGCGGAGGCGGUAACCAGAACGAUGGUUUCGACUACAUAAUCAACAACGGAGGCAUAACAACGGAAUCCAACUACCCAUACAAGGCCAAAGACGGAGCUUGUGACGGAAAUAGAGCAUCUCAAAUCGCAGCCCGAAUCAACGGCUACCAAUAUCUGCCGGAGAACAACGAGAACGCAUUGCUUAAUGCCGUCUCCAAACAACCCGUGGCGGCUUUCUUGAAUGCCGAGGGAAAAGAGUUUCGCCUGUACUCGAGUGGGGUCUUCACCGGAAGCUGUGGGACGACGCUGGACCAUGUUGUGUUGAUUGUGGGGUAUGGUCAAGCUCAAGAUGGAACAAAGUAUUGGGUGAUUAAGAAUUCAUGGGGACCCCAAUGGGGUGAGAAUGGUUACAUGAGACUUCAGAGAAAUGCUGGUUUUCCACAAGGUCGUUGUGGUAUUGCCAUGUUUGCUUCGUAUCCAACUGCCUGA